GACGCCCUGUUUGACGAGUUGACGGCCAGAGAGCACCUGAAGUUUUACGCCCGACUCAGGGGUGUUAAGGACGAGGAACUGGCUAUUGAGACGGUGCUCAGGCGAGUGGAGUUGACGGCGUUUGCCGACAAACUGACCCGCGAUUACAGCGGCGGUACGAAACGCAAACUCUCGGCCGCCAUCGCACUCAUAUCGGCCCCUCCUAUCGUAUUCAUGGACGAGCCCACGACGGGUAUGGAUCCAUACACCCGACGCUUUCUAUGGGAUCUAAUCCUGGAACUCGUCCACAACGACAAGAUCUCAGUCAUAUUGACUUCGCACAGGUAUUACCCGAUUAGGACUUCCCAUAAGAACCUGUAUUACAAUGUGUUGCCCCCGUAUAGUAUGGAAGAGUGCGAAGCCCUGUGCAGUCGAGUGGCCAUUAUGGUGAACGGCCGGUUCACAUGUCUCGGCUCAAUACAGCACCUCAAGAACCGGUUUGGCGACGGCUAUCACAUCAUCGCCCGGUGCGGUCCCAACAUCUCGGCCUCAUAUAUGAUUAAUUGGUUCGCCAAAAACCUGCCCAACGCUGUGCUCCGGGAGAACAACUUCAAUAUACUUCAGUUCGAGAUCCGGUGCAACACUAACGGCGUCGGCAGUUCAGCCGACACCGACAGCAUCGACACUGAGCACAGCGCCAGUAGCAGCUCGAAGACCAGUAGUAUCGGCGCCGGCAUUAGUCUCGCGGAUAUAUUCGAGAAGUUGGAGAAGUCGGGGAUCUCUGAGUACACUGUUUGCCAAAACACUUUGGAUAAUUUGUUCGUAAACCUGGCGAAGAAGCAGCAAAGUGGCGGACAAUUCAUUGUCACCAAACUUAAGGCCACAAAAGGCAACAAAAAAGCGUCCAAACAAUCGUUUGAUACUGUGGUGAGUGUGGACACGAAAGCUACCAGUGCUGGCGGUGGUGAUGAUGACUCGUCCACCGCGACCACCGUAACCACGACACUACAUCCCAGCCCUAAGCCAAGUCAUAUCAGUCUAUCGGAGUCGGGCGGCGGCGAGAGUAGUGGCGGCGCCUCAUCCACGGCCUCCACUACUGGCAUCACAUCCCAAAACAUAGACAUCAUCUAAUGAUCACUACUUCUAGUCUUUCAGAUAACUCUUCACAUGAAAUGCUAAUUUAAAUUAAAUUAUCAAAACUAACCACAAAAUGAAGCAAUUGUUAAACAAUUUGUAAAUAUCCGACUAAAUAGUCACCAAGAGCAUAGCAAUUCUAACUAAUUUAUAUACAUUUUUUAAUUGUAUAUUAGUUUAUAACAAAUUAUAUUUUAAUUUUACU